UUUCUCCGAGUAUAUAUCCGGACAUAUUUCUCCCGACGAGAUCAAGACGAUAAAGGUUGGUCUAUCGCCCGUUCCACUGUAACGUCUGUGACGAAGCCCUAGCAGCCCCGAGCUCCAUUAUUCGUGGCAAACUCCGGCGGACUCCUGAUCGUGCAUCGAACUUCCCAUAGAAACUGCCGGCUGCCUCCUCCCCCGAUCAAACCUGCACUAUUGGUUCCAUUCUUGCAACCGGACUCCUUUUUCUCUUAUAUGUCGGGUUUGAAAUUGAGCUCUCGCCUGGUCUUUGUGUUCAAAGGUCAGGUGCUGUUGAGGUGUACAUAUCUAAUCUAACUCUCCAGGUGCUGUUAAGGUGUACAUAUCUAAUCGAACUCUUACCUGAUGUUUUUCAAAGCUCUCUCACAAACACACGCAUUCACACAAAGCAAUUUUGACAACUUUAUUCUCUUGGAAAUCCCAAUUUUGGAUUUAAUUCGUUUCCAUGCAUUGCAGAUGAAUUUUACAGUUAUUGCCGAUGCUAUAUUUAUAUAAGUUGUGAUGGAGAAGUCAUGUUGCCUUUGUUUUACUUUUAAUUGUUAUUGAUUUUGGAAUUAUUUUUGAGGGGAUGUGGUUUUGGUGGUUGCAGGAUUUGCAAUCAAGGUAGAGAAGGUUUUGUGUGGGUGCAUAAUUUAAUCUGUCAAAGUUGCUCCUGAAUUCCAAUGGGUCGUAAAAAAGCGAUCUCACAUGAAGAGGAUGACCCUCCAGGUGGGGCUAAGUCGAAGAAAAAAGCACUUGCAACAAAAAAUAAUGAGGACUCAAUUGGGAUGGAAUUGGAUGAGGAUAAGCUGAAUCAAGAAGAGAGCAUUAAUCCAGUUGCUGGGAAGAAGAAGAAUAAGAAGGGAAACUUCAAGAGUUUGCAGGGUCAAGAUGAAGAUGAGGAAAAGCCAAUGCAAGAAGAAGAAGAAGAAGAAGACGAUGAUGUUCCAGCUGUUGAGAUUAUGGGUAAGAAACCAUCGAAGGCUAAGAAAAAUGGUAAAAAGAACUUGCUUACCACAUCAAGUUUUGGUUUGCUUGAUGAGGAGAAUGAGGAUGACGAACAGUCUGGCUUAACUGUUGAGAAACAUGAAUCGGAUGGAAGUGAGGGAGGGGAUGUGCAUGCUAUAAGUUUUUCAGGGAAGAAGAAGAAGUCAUCCAAGUCUUCUAAGAAGACUGGUAGUUUGUUCAGUGCCUUUGAUUUGGAGGCUGUUGAUGAUGAUGUGGAUGCAAUUGAUCAAUCUGUAGAUGAGAAUAAUGUAGGGAGUGAUGAUGAAACUCCAGUUAUUGCUUUUACAGGGAAGAAGAAGAAGAAGUCCAAAUCGAACAAGAAGAAUAGUACUGCAUUCGCAUUGUCUAGCUUUGAUGUGCUUGAUGAAGAAGAUGGAGAUAGGGUUGAGAAGAAAGACAUUGAUGAAGAAGAAGAGGAUGAAGGUGCUGCUUCUAUCACCUUUACAGCUAAAAAGAAGUCAUCAAAGUCUUCAAAGAAGAGCAGCAAUUUGUUUAGUGCCGCUUUACUUGAUGAAGAAAAUGAUGGAGAUGCUUCUGUAUCUGAACAACUGACUGCCUCAAAAUCUGGUGAUGAUGCUGCUUAUCAGUUUGGUGUUCAAGAUGAAGAUGCUGAGGUAGUUGACAAGGUAGCUGAUGAUUUGCAUUUUAGUGAAAAAGUUAGUGAAGGAGUAGCAGAGACUUCGAAGAACAAAAAAAAGAAGAAGAAGAAGAGUGGAAAGACUCCUCAAGAAGAGGAUGAUUUGGACAAACUUCUUGCGGAGCUUGGUGAAGGGUAUCCAAUGUCAAAACCUGCUGCUGCUGCUGCUCCUCCUUCACGAGAGGAGAAAAUUGAGGUCCAGCCUGAACCAGUUGGGUUGGCAGAUGCUACAGCUGGAAAGGAAGGUGAGGAUGAAGGCGUGGAGUCUGCUGCUGCAAAGAAGAAGAAAAAGAAGAAGGAAAAGGAAAAGGAGAAAAAGGCAGCAGCAGUAGAAGCAGCGGCAGCAGCAGCGAGAGAGGUGAAGGAAGAAAACACUCAGGAAAAGAAGAAAAAUCUUAAGAAUGUUCCUAAGCAUGUCAGGGAGAUGCAAGAGGCACUGGCUAGGCGUAAAGAAGCUGAAGAAAGAAAGAAGAGAGAAGAGGAGGAGAGGUUAAGGAAGGAAGAAGAGGAACGUCGUCGGCAAGAAGAACUUGAGAGGCAAGCAGAAGAGGCUAAACGUAGGAAGAAGGAAAGGGAAAAAGAAAAGCUUUUGAAGAAAAAGCAAGAAGGAAGGCUUUUAACAGGGAAGCAGAAGGAAGAAGCUCGACGGUUAGAACAAAUGAGGAAUCAAAUACUUGCUAAUGCUGGGGCCUUACCUCUUUCUACCGCAGAUGCUGUUCGUGCACCGGCGAAACGACCCAUAUAUCAAACCAAGAAGACCAAGCCACCAUCUGUUCAGGCAAAUGGUGCAGUUGCUGUUAAGCCCGUGGAAAGUAUAGAUGCAAAUGAAAGCCUGCAGGAAACUGUGUGUGAGGUGGACUCUUUGGAAACUGAGAAGGUUGAAGAAUUGAACUUGAACAUUGAUGAGAAAUCAGAAGAAGUUGUUGAGGAAAAUGGAGUCGAAGAGGAUGAUGAGGACGCGGAUGAGGAUGAGGACGAGGACGAAUGGGAUGCAAAGAGCUGGGAUGAUGCUGUUCUCAAUCUGCGGGAGAAAAGUGCAUUUGCAGAUGAAGAGGCUGACUUGAAAAAGCCUGAACCCCUGGUCAGAAAAGAAACAAAAAGUGUCACCACCAAGAAAGUAUCUUCUCAGGCAAUCAAAUCUCAGGAUACUGACAGUAAAAAGGGUCAGUUUGAUGUUGAAAAUUCACAAAGAAAUAAAAGUGAAGCUGGUGCAAAAAAGGUAGCACCGAAAUCUGAUGCUCCUCCUAAAAGCAGUGAAAAUAAUCUACGUUCUCCAAUUUGCUGUAUCAUGGGCCAUGUUGAUACUGGUAAGACUAAGCUAUUGGAUUGUAUCCGAGGCACUAAUGUUCAGGAGGGAGAGGCUGGUGGCAUUACUCAGCAAAUAGGUGCAACCUAUUUUCCUAUAGAGAACAUACGUGAGAGGACCAAGGAACUGAAAGCAGAUGCAGAGUUUAAAGUCCCAGGCUUAUUGAUUAUUGAUACCCCCGGACAUGAAUCGUUUAAUAACUUACGGUCCCGGGGUUCAGGUUUAUGUGACAUUGCUAUCUUGGUGGUUGACAUUAUGCAUGGCUUAGAACCUCAGACAAUAGAAUCACUCAAUCUUCUUAAAAUGAGAAAUACAGAAUUCAUCAUUGCCUUGAAUAAGGUUGACAGGCUGUAUGGGUGGAAAGUUUGCCGCAAUGCACCAAUUGUGAAAGCAAUGAAGCAACAGUCUAAAGAUGUACAAAAUGAGUUCAAUAUGAGGCUUGCUCAGAUUAUUGCACAGUUCCAGGAGCAGGGAUUGAAUACUGAAUUGUACUAUAAAAAGAAAGAGAUGGGGGAAACUUACAAAACUUACCAUAUUGUGCCUACAAGUGCUAUCAGUGGCGAAGGCAUACCAAAUUUGUUGUUUCUAUUGGUGGAAUGGGCUCAGAGGAAAAUGGUUGAGAAACUUACGUUCAGUGAUGAUGUGCAGUGUACGGUGUUGGAGGUUAAGGUUGUUGAAGGCCAUGGGACGACGAUUGAUGUUGUGUUGGUUAAUGGUGUGCUUCAUGAAGGAGAUCAAAUAGUUGUUUGUGGCAUGCAGGGACCUAUAGUAACAGUAAUUCGGGCUUUAUUGACACCCCAUCCAAUGAAGGAGCUGCGAGUUAAGGGAACUUACCUGCAUCACAGAGAAAUAAAAGCUGCACAAUGUAUCAAGAUCACUGCUCAGGGUCUUGAGCAUGCUAUUGCUGGCACUAGUCUAUAUGUUGUUGCCUCCAGUGAUGAUUUGGAGGAUGUCAUGGAAGUUGCUAUGGAAGAUGUGAGGUCAGUCAUGAGCAGGAUUGAUAAAAGUGGUGAGGGUGUCUAUGUUCAAGCAUCGACUCUUGGUUCAUUAGAAGCUUUGCUAGAGUUCCUGAAGUCCCCAGCAGUGAGCAUUCCUGUUAGUGGUAUAGGCAUUGGCCCGGUACAUAAAAAGGACGUUAUGAAGGCGAGUGUAAUGCUUGAGAAGAAGAAGGAGUUUGCUACUAUCUUGGCAUUUGAUGUCAAAGUGACACCUGAGGCUCGGGAGCUUGCAGAUGAUGUGGGUGUGAAGAUUUUUAUUGCGGAUAUUAUUUACCACCUGUUUGAUCAGUUCAAGGCUUACAUUUCCAAUCUCAAGGAAGAGAAAAAAAGGGAAGCAGCUGAUGAAGCAGUCUUCCCAUGUGUUCUUAAGAUUAUACCAAACUGUGUAUUUAACAAGAAGGAUCCAAUUGUCUUGGGUGUUGAUGUUCUUGAAGGCAUUGCCAGGGUUGGGACGCCUAUUUGUGUUCCUCAAAGAGAUUUUACUGAUAUUGGUCGGAUUGCAUCAAUUGAAUUUAACCACAAGCCAGUUGAUCUUGCCAAAAAAGGCCAGAAGGUUGCCAUCAAGAUAGUUGGUUCCAGUGCCGAGGAGCAGCAAAAGAUGUUUGGCAGGCAUUUUGAGAUUGAUGAUGAGCUCGUGAGUCACAUCUCAAGGAAGUCCAUUGAUGUACUCAAAGCUAAUUAUCGGGAUGAUCUUACAAUUGAAGAGUGGAGACUUGUUGUAAAACUAAAGAACCUCUUCAAAAUACAGUGAGAGGGCUCUAUUAGCAGCCACUGCUUGCACGAGAGCUUCUAAUGUCAAACUGCAUAGAUACUGCAGGUGUUCUUUGCGCAAGUUCCCACCUUUUUAUGCGUGGGAGAGAGACCUCUGUUUGCUGAACCCAAAAAAGAAGAGUUGUGAGAGAGAGAGAGAGAGAGAGAGAGCUGUGUGUUACAGGUUUAAAUUGGUUCAUAAAAUCAUAUUUGUGUUAUGGUGGAGGGGUCUUGUGUAUGCGGGGACUGAGAAUGGAAAGGCCGAGUGAUUUAAAAUAAGGAUCUUCAAAUCCUUUGUUUGAAUGAAAAGAAUUUUGCAAAUUUUGAAGGAUUCAACAGAAA